UUUGUUGAAUAUAGUACUCCCUAGUUAUAUUUUAGCACCAUCCCCAAGGCCAAGACCCGGUGACUAAAAGACACCAAUAUUAUAUAUUCUCUCCUGAUUCCAUCAAUGAAAUGUAGCUAAGCAAGCUUCCUUUUUGGCAGUUAUGAACUAGCAGUAGUGCCAAGUGCUAACAGAAAAAACAAGCAAAUGCAAUUGACAAUGCAGGAGCUGGGUACUUUCCAAGAUCAAAGAUCGGGCUUCGGAGCCAGAGAUUUUAGCCCUGACUCCGUAAUCUUCACUGCUGAUUCCAACUUCAGCAUCUUCUCUUCCAAUUCUGCUAGUGUUGACCGCUGCUCUUUUGCCUCUGACGUCCCUGAUCAAGACUCUUGCCUCUCCGACAACUCGCAAUCACAACAUUUGGCAGGGCAUGAAUUACGGGAAGGGUCAGGUUCAAGAGGUGGUCCAUAUGCAGAUCCAGAUCCACACAAAUUCACCGUACACAACAAGAACAGUGUUCACCUUUGCGCCAGAAAACAAAAAGCGAAAGUUCAAGAAUUAGAAAGCAGUGAGGUUGAAACUGAGGAUGACAACUCUAUCAUAGAUUCAGCAAGGAACUCUUUUUCUCAAGCUCUUAAAGAAUGUCAAGAUAGGAGGUCUAGAUUGGAUGCUUCACGUAAGAAACCAGACAGGCGAAGACCUGCUUCUUUAGAUCUGAAUAAUUCUGUGAUUAGUACUGCUGUGAAUUCUUCUUCACCGUCUUUUGGCGUAAUGAAGAAACAUUCUGCUGUGAAUCGCCGAACGGGCACAUUUCCUAGCCCAGGAACACCAAGUUAUAGGCACACAAGUGUUGGGGUUCAAAAAGGAUGGAGUUCAGAGCGCGUGCCAUUGCCUAAUAAUAUUAAUAGGAGGCAUGUAAGUACUGCAUUGAUGCCUUGUAAUAACGGGAGGACACUGCCUUCCAAGUGGGAGGAUGCAGAGAGGUGGAUCUUCAGUCCAAUAUCAGUAGAUGGUCCAGUGAGACAGUCAGUUCAGCAGCCGCAGAGGCGGCCAAAAUCAAAGAGCGGGCCUCUUGGACCUCCUGGGAUUGCAUACCAUUCGAUGUAUUCUCCUGCUGCCCUUAUGUUUGACGGAGGGAAUGUUGGAAAUCAAAUGGCGAAUUCACCAUUUUCAGCUGGAGUGAUGGUGGCUGAAGGAUUGUCUUUGCCAGGCUAUGGUGGAGGAAAUUUACCGGCAUCUAUUAUAGAGCCUUGCAUGGCAAGGUCAGUAAGUGUACAUGGAUGCACUGAACUGAUCAGCCAGUCAUCUUUGCCUGUUUACCAAGCUUUACGAACAGAUGAGAAACUUGAUGACAUUGAACAAUCAGCCACCAAUGUGUCCCGGACGGUUUCUAGGAGGGAUAUGGCAACACAAAUGAGCCCUGAGAGUAGUCACCACUCAUCUCCCAGACAUGAGUCAUCAUUUUCUCCAUCCAGUCCCAUGCUACCCAUUGUUGAGUUGCACAGCAUGCAUUCGUCUAAACCUGAAGUUAGGGAUGUGCAAGUUGAUGAACGGGUCACAGUGACUAAAUGGUCCAAGAAAAACAGAGCAAUAGUUCCUGGGAGGGGCUCAGGAAAUGCUCGUGAAUGGAAAAGGAAAUCUGUAGAUAUGCGUGCUGCAGGUUGGGAUAUUUCAGACACAGAAAAGACAAUCUCAAAGAUAAAAAGGGAGGAAGCAAAAAUAAUUGCUUGGGAGAACUUGCAGAGAGCCAAAGCUGAGGCAGCAAUACGGAAACUUGAGAUGAAACUGGAAAAGAAGAGAUCUUCAUCGAUGGACAAGAUAAUGAACAAGCUCAGAUCAGCACAAAAGAAGGCCCAAGUUAUGAGAAGCUCAGUCUUACCAAACCAGUCACAUCAAGUUGCAAGAACCUCCCAUAAGGCCAUAUCUUUUCCUCGAACUCGCCAUAUAGGUUCCUUCAGUGGCUGCUUUACCUGUCAUGCAUUUUAGUUAGUUGCACAGCUGUUUCUUUGCUGAACGAUAAAGAGUCUCACCCCAGAGAGGAACUGAAAGAAUGAGAAACAGACUGUACAAAACAUUUCAGGUAUAAACUCAGAUGCACUAGCUCGCAUCGGACAUUGCAUUUUCGGAAAGGGUUUUUGCUCGUUUCUGGAAUCAAACUGCGAAAUAUUGAAAGCUGUUUUGCUCAUGGAUUUAAUAGGUAAUUCCUAAUUGCCCACACCUUUAUUAAAUGAAGAAGGCACCAAAGAAGAGAAGCAAGAGAGAAGUUCAACGCGUAUGAAAAUAAAGGGUUUCUUGUUCUGUAACCACAGGUUUCAUUUGCUGAUGGAAUUUGUGAAUUUAAGCUGAGUAGCUGAAAGAGCAAUACAGUCGAUUGUGUAAUAUUGUAACAUUACAUUCUUCAAUCCUUGUUUGAAUUUCCGUGCUAGUGGGCCUAAUUGUAUGUAGGUUAAAUCAUGAUAAAGUGGUCUUUGUCAAAGCAAGUUUUCUAUAGAAAGGUAGAAAUACGAAAACGUAUGCUUGAUGACAA